AUGACGUGCGCCCAACCUGUAACUAGCAGCAAGGCGGCCAAGUGGCAGAAGGUCCUGUACGAGCGACAGCCCUUCCCUGAUAACUACGUGGACCCGCGGUUCCUGGAAGAGCUCCGGAAAAACAUCUACGCCCGCAAAUACCAAUACUGGGCUGUGGUCUUUGAGUCCAGUGUGGUGAUACAACAGCUGUGCAGCGUCUGUGUUUUCGUGGUCAUCUGGUGGUAUAUGGACCAGGGUCUUCUGGCCCCGCACUGGCUCUUUGGCACUGGCCUGGCAUCUUCACUGAUGGGUUACGUUCUGUUCGAUCUCAUUGAUGGAGGCCAAGGGAGGAGGAAGAGCGGGCGGACCCGGUGGGCUGACCUGAAGAGCGCGCUGGUCUUCAUUGCUUUUACUUACGGUUUUUCACCAGUGCUGAAGACCCUGACGGAGUCCGUCAGCACUGACACCAUCUAUGCCAUGUCGGUCCUGAUGCUACUGGGCCACCUCAUCUUCUUUGACUAUGGGGCCAAUGCUGCCAUUGUAUCCAGCACACUGUCCUUGAACAUGGCCAUCUUUGCUUCUGUCUGCCUGGCCUCACGUCUUCCUCGGUCCCUGCAUGCCUUCAUCAUGGUGACAUUUGCCAUCCAGAUUUUUGCUCUGUGGCCCAUGUUACAGAAGAAACUGAAGGCCAGUACUCCCCGCAGCUACGUGGGGGUCACACUGCUUUUUGCCUUUUCAGCCUUGGGAGGCCUGCUGUCCAUCAGUGCUGUGGGAGCCAUACUCUUUGCCCUUCUGCUGGUUUCCAUCUCAUUUCUCUGCCCUUUCUACCUCAUUCGUCUGCAGCUUUUUAAAGAAAACAUUCAUGGACCUUGGGAUGAAGCUGAAAUCAAAGAAGACUUGUCCAGGUUCCUCAGCUAA